UUAGAAAUAUAAACUGUCCAGAUAUAGUAUUAUUAAUUGUUAUUAGGGCAUGGGUCAAGAAAAUAGAAGCAUGACCAAAAAGAGGCAGAAUAAUAAAAAGAAAAAUCCUAAACAAUAAUGGACUGGAUUACCUUAUAAAUAAUAAUGACCAAAGAUAUAAUAUAGAUUGAAUGAACCACAUCAACAUCUGUGUUGUAAUGCAUGUAUGUAUGAGAAUUAACAGACAAUUACUUCCAUAUAAACCCAAGGGUGGAUAAGAAGUCCCAUGAAUUAAAAAAUAAUAAUAAAUAGAAAAAAAAACACACACAUAAAACAUCCACCAAACUCAAUUUACUAAAUUUUCUGCAUCAUAUUACAACUUUUUUUAUUUUUGCUAAUAAAAAUCUACCGAGACAUACCAAAAUGUUCUAUAUUGAAGUUCAUAUCUCCUGCUUUGUAAGAGCAUUAAAUUUCUAUUUAGGAUGUAAUCUUCUAGAAUUGGUUAGGUAGCCCUUCUGCUGCUAUAUAAUACCCCAGGCUGUUUGGGGCUAAUCCAUCUUCUUCUUCUUCCCUAGUUUGCAAUUUCUUUCUCUCUCUCUCUCUCUCUCUCUCUCUCUCUCUCUCUCUCCAUUUUUUUUUUCUUCCUUUUGAGCCAUGACUAGAAAGAAGGUCAAGUUGGCCUACAUAGCUAAUGACUCAACCAGAAAAGCCACUUUCAAAAAAAGGAAGAGGGGCUUGAUAAAAAAGAUAAGUGAACUGAGCACACUCUGUGACGUUCCAGCGUGUGCCCUAAUCUAUAGCCAGUAUGAGUCUCUCCCUGAUAUCUGGCCAUCUCCUUCCGGCGUGCAGCGUGUUAUCGCGCAAUUCAGAAAUAUGCCGGAGAUGGAACAAGGGCGGAAGAUGUUCAACCAGGAGACCUUUCUCAGGCAGCGGAUCGUGAAGUCCCACGAACAGCUCAAGAGGCUGAGGAAAGAGAACAGAGAAAAGGAGGUGUCGAGGGUGAUGUUCCAGACCCUCACUGGUAGGCCUCUUCAGGGACUGAACAUGAUCGACCUGAACGACCUAGGAUGGCUAAUCGACCAGAAUGUGAAGGAGCUUGGUGAGAAGAUCAAGAGCAAGAGAGAGGAGCUGCUGGCUCAGAGAAAUGAAGUCACAAUGGCAGCACCAAAUGCAGCAGCUUUGCCUGCUAGAGCUGGAGACCAUGGCAUGGACCUGAACAUGCAGCAGCCAGCAAUGGAGAACACCAUGCAGAGGCCUCCAUGGUUCUCAGAUGUGAUGACCCCGCAGGAGCCUAUGGGGUCUGGUGCUGCUGGUGGCGAUGAGGUGUUGCCCUUCGGAGAUCAGAAUCAUCCUGCCUUUUGGCAUAACAGUCCCUUUUUUCAUUGAACUCUAUCUGGUGUUUGUUUAGUUUUUGUUGUUUUUUUUAAGUGAUUUUCUUUUAUGGAUGUUUUGUUUUGAUGGUGCUAGUCUCCAUCUCAAACCACUGCAGGUUUCGUUUCUUAAUUUCUUGAAUUUAAAUUUAUGUACCCAAAAGUUUAUAUAAACAGUAGUUCAGUUGUUUGGUUUUCUCAAUCGUAUUCUUUGAGGGCUUAUAUUCUCUGAUGUAUUUGAGUACUUUAUUAGAUCUUUUUAAUAUAUCCUUUUGAAUUUAAG